AUCUGCUGUAAACCACUUAAACCUCAAUUAACUUGGGAUGUGGAACUGGGCCUUAAAUGCCGGUGGAAACAUAAUAAUUGUUUACAGAAAAGCCACGUGGUGCCUCCCAUGUAUAGCAUGUAUAUGCAUGUGAUGUACAUACAUGCAUCAUAUUGCUCUGUUGCUCUUUGUAGCUGUGUAAGAGCACGCGAUAGUUUGAUGGUUUCGUGUUUGGUUAAUAACUUAAACGAAAUCCUUUGAAAUCUUUCAAAGGAAUAAUUGCUUUCAUUAAAAUUCGUUGAAGUUUCACGAAUUAUAAAUAUGAAGAACUUAACAGUGCACUGUCAAAGUAUUCACAACUUAAAUGAUUUAAGAAACCAUGAUCUUCCUAGUGUGCUGAAAAGGGGGGUUAUGUGUUGUCACAAUCCCGAUGCCGACAAUUUAUACAUAUUUGAAAGGAACAGGUUGUAUGGAGUCUCAACUAAUGUUACUCUCGGAGUAACCUUAGUUCAAAUUGAUGUAAGCGAAGAUCUGACACCUGUUGGACUAGAAUACUGUAGUGUGUCGCAACAACUUUACUGUGCAUACGAUUCUGGAGAUGUAGCCAAAGUGUUUACCAGAGAAGAACUAGAAUGUGAAGAAAUUGUGAAAGUAAAUGGAGGAUUGCGAUGCAUAAAAUUAAGUCCAGACCAUGAAAUUCUUAUUUUGAUCACUCUUAAUGACACUGUCAUUACAAUGACAUCAAGUUUCCAUGUAAUUUCUGAGGUUGACUUAUAUGCUGCAAGUUUUGGAAAAAAACAAUUUAUAACUGUAGGAUGGGGAAAGAAGGAAACACAAUUCCAUGGAUCGCAAGGAAAAACUGCAGCUAAAGAAACAUCAGUUAUAACAGGAAAAACUGAACUAGAUGAUGGUACUAUCAGAAUUACUUGGAGGGGAGACGGAAUGUUAUUCGCUGUUACUUUUCUUCAUAAAGAUACCGUUAUGCGGCAGUUUAAAGUUUUUAACCGAGAAGGCAUUCUACAGUACACCAGUGAGCCUAGUAGUGGUUUGGAACAAAAUAUAUCUUGGAAACCAUUUGGCAACGUAAUAGCAUUGACCCAGAGACUGAAUGAAAAGCACGUGGUUGCCUUUUUUGAAAAAAAUGGUUUGAAGCACAGGGAAUUUACUCUAUCUUUAGACGUAGAAAAAUUUGUGGUAAAAGACUUACUUUGGUCAUUGGAUGCCGAGGUAUUAACAGUCUGGUGUGAAGAAAUAAAAACUAAAAAUAUAAUAGUACAAUUAUGGACCCAAAAUAAUUAUCAUUGGUAUCUGAAACAAUCGAUUGUAUUUUCAACACAGAACUCUCCAAUUUUCUUAACUUGGCACGCAGCACCCAAAAUUGGAAAAAAAUUAAUACUAUUGACAUCAAAAGAUCUUAUAACAUACUCAUUUCGUUGGGUUAUUGAUCAUAGCAAAGGAAAAGAUUUGGAUGAUAAAGCCAUAGUUGCAGUUAUUGACAAUGACAGAGCUUUGCUUACAGCCUUCAGAUUAGGAAUCAUUCCACCACCAAUGAUGCAUCAGGCAUUACAAACUGAUGAACCAAUAAAUACAGUAGUUUUUCCACCCGGAAAAACAAAGGAAUCAUUGACAAAUUCAAAUAUGAUUUGUAUUUUAAAUAAUCAGAAACUACUAUUUUAUGUACACAAUGAUUCAAACAAUUUAGAAUAUAUGCAUGUCAAUUCAUACGAUAUUGAAUGGGGCGAAUCAACAAUAAUUUCUGAAGAUGUUCCUUACUCAAUGCAUCAUUUUUUAUGGUUAAAAGAUGAUACUCUUUUAUGCUCUGCUUCUUCGAGCAAGGGUUGUUACUUCUGUAAUCUACAAUUGGAUGGAAUGAAUGUCUCAAAGGAAGGACGCGUCACAGUUCGAAAAACAUACAUUUUAGAUGGCUGCAUUCAACACAUUGUUUCCUGCCCUGAUCUGCAGACAGCUUAUAUCGUUGUUGAAGGAUCUGUUUUUAAAUAUUCAGAAGAUGAGGGCAUUUGUCCCACCGACAUAAAAUUGGAUGAAUUCACCCACCAAAUCGAGGUUAUUGAUAUUGGCUCUAGAAAUGUUAUAGUAUCUCUUACGAGCAGAAACUGCUUGUACAUUGAUGGAAAGGAGGCUGCAAGCAAUAUAUUAAGUUUUUUCGUACAUUCGGAAUUUCUUCUACUUACAACUUUACAACACACAUUAAUAUGUGUUACACUUGAUGACAGAGGAUUUGACCAAUUAUCGACGCAAGAUUUGACCGUUAAACCGUGGAAAGAGUUCAAGGAACAAUCCUCGAUAGGUUUGAGUAUGAGACGUGUAGAAAGAAGUUCUAGUUUAGUAAUUGCCAUUCCCAAAGACUGCAAAGUAAUUUUACAAAUGCCACGUGGAAAUCUGGAGUGCAUACAGCCUAGAGCUUUAUCAUUAUACAUAAUAGGGAAUCAUCUUGAUAAUCUUCAAUAUUUUGCAGCAUUUGAGCUUAUUCGCAAACAGCGCAUCAAUUUAAAUUUGAUAGUAGACCAUGACCCGCGUUUAUUUUUGGAGAAUGCAACAAAAUUUAUAGAUGAUAUAAUUGAACCAACCUGGCUAAGUUUCUUUUUGUCAGAAUUGCAAAAUGAUGAUGUCACUGUGACAACUUAUGCAACCUCGUAUCCACUUCGCUCUCAAAAAUCAGGAACAAUAAUUGAAGAUCCUUAUGCGGGUACAAAUAAAGUUCAACGAGUUUGUAAAACUCUUCUAGACAUUAUGAUAAAAAAACCAGAUGCCAAUAAAUUGAUACCACCGAUACUUACUAGCAUGGUUAAACAAGAAAAUGGCUUAGAAAUAGCGCUAAAAAAAAUUAAAUCAAUAAGAGAAUCAGAAGAUAAGCCCCGUGGUAGUCUGGAGAAGCGUAAAUCUGAAGAAGCAUUAAAUUAUUUGUUGUACCUAACAGAUGUCAAUGUACUAUAUGAUAUAGCUCUAGGGAUGUAUGAUUUUGAAAUGACAAUGUUAAUAGCAUCCAAAUCGCAAAAAGAUCCCAAAGAAUAUAUUCCAUUCCUAAAUGACUUAAAAAAAUUGGAGAGUAAUUACAUGAAGUACUGCAUUGACAAGCACCUAAUGCGGUAUGAGUCGGCAUUGGCACAUAUUUCUAAACGACCUGAUAAAUUCAGCGAAUGUUUAGAUUUCAUUCACAAUCAUAGCCUAUAUGUACAAGCACUGCAGUUAUUUAAUAGAGACAGUAAAGAGUAUCAAGAAGUGGCUAAAAUAUAUGCAGAAUUUUUGUCAACUAAGAUGAAACACAGAGAAGCUGGAAUCAUGUUUAGUAGAGCUGGGGACCUCAAAAACUCUUUGAACGCUUUUAAGUUAGCCAGUUGUUGGCAAGAAGUGAUCAUUGUAUCGAUUCAAAUGGAAUUAAGUUCCAUAGAGUUAUCUAAAGUACUCGAAGACUUAGUAUCGCAAUUAAAAUAUGCCCGGCAAUAUAAGGAAGCUGCAGAAAUAUUGAUAACGCAUUUGCAUAAGACGGAAGAUGCUGUCGCUAUGCUUUGCGAGGGUAGGAUGUGGCAAGAUGCACUUAGGUUAUGUUACUUCGAACACCGCUUAGAUCUUAUCGAAACACGCGUAAAACCUAGAGUUCAAGAUCAUACUCAAUAUAUAAUGUCACAGAUAGAAAAGGCUGGUGAAGAUUUCCAGAAACAUAGAACCAGACUUGCAAAGGUUAGAGAAGAAAAAUCUAAGCAAGAAAUGCAAAUACAUAAUGGCCUUGAUUCAGAGCGCGAGUCGGCAAUUGGAAGAGAUAUCAGCGAUUUACUCAGUGAUACAAGCAGUAUUGCCGGAACAGUUACUAGUCAUGGAUCGACAACAUCAAAAAGUUCUGGAAGAAGUUAUAGAUCUAGUAAAAAUCGCAGAAAGCAAGAAAGAAAACUUCUGAGCACUAAAGAGGGCAGUGCCUUUGAAGAUUUUGCGUUAUUAAGAACCCUACAUCAGACGGUGAUUGCUGCCUAUGAACAAAGAGAUGAAGUGGAGCAAAUAGUAAGAACGCUGUUGCAUUUUAAUGAAGACGAACAUGCAGGAAAGCUUCAAAAGGCAAUGUGCACAUUUUUAAAUAUGAUUGAAAUUGGCAAGUUGGAAAUUUGGAGUCAACAACCUUUAGGAAUUGCUCCUGAAAUAACAAAAGAAAGGUUUAAUAACAUGGAGAAUCAUAGCCAAAAUAACAUACCACAAGGGUUAAUAGAACCUUUCAUGUUAUACGCUCCAGUAACAAAAGCACGUGAUUGGAAAUUGAAUAUAUUUUCAUCGAUAUCCGAAAUGACCAAGCAAACGUAAUCAUUUCAUAAUAAUAUGCAGUAAAAUGAAAUAAACUUAUGCAUUUUCAUAAAGUUAUGUAUGUAUAGGCCAAUUGAAAUAUACGAAUUUGAUAUUAAAAAAGGAGAAUAAGUCAGCCUUAAAGGGGAAUGGUACUCGAACAAAUUCUGAGUUGACCGUGCUGCCACGUAACGGUAAGCAGUGGAAAAGCUUGUGACGUUGCAAAAGCGCUAUUACUGUGCCGUGUCGUGGUAGUCACGGCACCGUAAUUGUGGUACGAUUCAGACCAGGAGGAGUAAUCAAUGAAUAAAGCGAAUUUUCUGCCCUCGUA